AUGUCGAGGAAGCACCACCCGCCGCCGCAGGCGCACCACCACCGCCAGCGGUGGCCGCGCUGGCUGCUGCUGGCGCUCCCGCUGCUCUCGCUCCCCAUCCUCUACGCCGCGCUCGGCUCCGCGCGCUCGCAGCCGCAGCCGCCGCGGCUGGGGGGCAGGCAGCAGCCCCCGCUGCCGCCGCCGAGGCUCGCCUACCUCAUCUCGGGCGGCCCCGGGGACGGCCCGCGGAUCCGGAGGCUGCUCGCGGCGCUCUACCACCCCUGGAACUACUACCUCGUCGGGGUCGCGGGCGACGAGGACCGCGCGGAUCUCGAGGCCUUCGUCCGCGGCGAGGAGGCGCCGCGCCGCUACGGCAACGUGCGGGUCGCCGCGCCCGGCGAGUGGGCCGCGGUCUCGCGCCGGGGACCCACCGAGCUCGCCGCCACGCUCCACGGCGCCGCGCUCAUGCUCAAGGAGUUCCAGGGGUGGAGCUGGUUCAUCAAUCUCAGCGCCUCCGACUACCCGCUCAUGCCCCAGGAUGACCUCCUUCAUAUCUUCUCAUAUCUUCCAAGAGAUCUGAACUUCAUCGAGCACACAAGCAGUAUCGGUUGGAAGGAGCAUCAAAUGGCAAGACCAAUCAUUGUAGAUCCAGCGUUGCAGAUCUCGAACAAAACAGAGGUCAUAACAACAAAGGAGAAAAGAAGCUUGCCUUCAGCUUUCAAAAUAUUUGUAGGUUCGUCGUGGGUAAUAUUGAGCCGGCCAUUCCUGGAGUUUUGCAUACUAGGAUGGGACAACCUUCCUCGCACGCUACUCAUGUACUUCACCAACUUCCUGUCGUCCUCAGAGGGGUACUUCCACACAGUGAUCUGCAACUCGAAGUACUACCAGAACACCACCGUCAACAGCGAUCUCCGUUUCAUGGCAUGGGAUAACCCCCCUCGGACACACCCUCUUAAUCUGACAACCGAGCACUUCGCCGCGAUGAGGGACAGCGGGACGCCGUUUGCACACUCUUUCACAUACGACGAUCCAGUCUUGGAUAUGAUCGACGCCGAGCUGCUGAAGCGACGGCCCGACCACUUCACGCCAGGUGGAUGGUGCUUGGGUAGCCCGGUCGGUGGCAAAGACCCUUGUAGCUUCUUCGGAAGGUCGUUUGUUCUCCGGCCAAUGAAAGGCUCGGGGAAGCUAGAGAAGUUGUUGUUGAAACUGUUGGAACCUGACAAUUUCAGGCCUAAACAGUGUAUAUAACACUCUUUGUUACUCACACGUAGCCAGCUUUUAGUGUUUUUGUAGUGUUCAGGGGCAAAGUGUUCCUGAGGUGGUUCUGAUUGUUGUUGCGGUAGCAGGUAGCCACAGUGACACAGCGUGCUGUAUACUUGCAACUGAAGCUCGAAGAGCGACCGAACUCAUACACGUACACACUUGAUGCUCCAUCGUACUUAGAGAGCCAAA